AUGGCGAGGUUCGCCGACGACAAAAUGGGUGCGUUCAGCGCUUUCGUUGCCCGCCGAAUGGAUCCCGAGGCCGCGGAGAAUAGCGGCCUGCGGAGAUGGCGCAGACGUGCGAAUACGGUCGCGGGAGGUCAGGACGGCCACGAUGUCAAGGUAUCUUGGGCCAAGCGGGCGGCGAAGGGUCUCUGGGAGCGUGUCCACAAAAGCGACAACCGAUCGAAGGAUACUGAGGCGACUGGGACUGCUUUGAGGCGCCAUGGGAGCAGCGGACCUUCUACGGGGAUGGGAACCCAGGAGCUGAUAUCUGCCCCUGUGGCUUCACCGAUACCUGCACAGUAUACGCAGGAAGACCAGCGCCCCGAGACCCAAUCGUCGUCUCCGAUAGCCGACCCGGUCUCCCCAUCAGCGACCAUUACCACCGCCCACUUCGGAAGCCCACUGACACGGUUUUCUCAUCAAACACAUGCGCGAAGUCCCACACCUGACUGGAUCCCGGCCUCCACAAGCCCCCGGAUCUCGGAGGUCUCUACCGCCAUCGAGGCGCCCUCAGGUUCUGAUUUAUUCGUUGACCCCUACCACGAGCUCAUCAACAGCAUCGAUCGAUUUCACUUCGCUCUUCUUGUGGACUCCAGCACCAUUGACAACAUCUGCGGCGAUAUACGAGAUGUACUUGAGAUAACUAGCAAUAACUUGCUGACCGUCGCAUGCGACCUACAAAGGCUGCUGGUGAUCUGGCGCAAGAUCACCGGCAACGCAGCAAACGUUGCUGUGAUUGAGGCGCUAGAACCAUGGGCCCUUGUAAACAAGAAGUAUGUCGCGAAAGCCUGCGUAGACAUGAAGAAAGGACUCCAGUCCUAUCGGGACUGGUCGGACAUUGUGGCUCGCAACAAGAUGAUAGCCCAAUCUCAGAACGCGAUCAGUCAUAUGUGGUGCGCAGCCUUAACCCACAAGAUGAAAGCGCUCGACGUGCUCGAAGCGCUGGACUUUGACGAUGUUGCUGCUCAGGUGGAGUUUGUCAUGGGGAAGUGCCUUGACGCUGAGGAGGAAGUCGCGACUCUAGGUGGACCAGCUGCACCUGCCAGCAUGACUAACACCUCGCUGCCUAGCGCCAUAUCGAGCUGCCGCCGCACUUCGCCUUCAUUGAGCAAGCGCCUGUUCACCACUCUGUCACGACCGCGAUGUGGUUCGACCACCCCGCAAGCGAGCUCAAUCCGCGACAGCCCACGAGCCUCGCAAACACCAUCGCGAUACCGGCAGUUAUCCCAGUCGCCUACGCCUGCGCCAUCACUCCCACCAGCUUCGGUGCAAUACGGGAGCCAGCCUACUCUGACCGUAGCGAGCGCCCCCAGCCAUGCCCAGCCUACAUCAGCUAGGUCGAGGUCGACUGCGUCUACCACUGAUGCGCCCAACUAUGCCCGACCGACGAAGGCAAGCCUGGGAUGGUGCCAACCGACAGCCAGCAACAGCAAGACUGUAUCCAGCGUCGCAACAACUUCUCACUCGCGCCGUCCGGCUUCUUCAAUUCACCGUCCCAGGGCGACUCGGGCACAACCCGAGAGAACUCCAAGCGAUGAUUACAGCGGCCCUUCACCUGAUCUCGACCACGCUCCGCCCAUCCCACCCAAGUCCAUCAAGAGACUGAUACCUAGAGCGUCCUCCCCGUUGCCCGCUCACCUACGCUCGGACUCAGCCCACUCUCUAUUGCUGAACGACGUAGCCACUACUCGGCGUAGUACCUGCUCUUCAAUCUAUACUAACAGCAAGCUUCCGGUGAAGGCCAAUGGCACGAGCAAUCCAGUUUUCCUUCGACCUGCCGUAGCUGAUGUGCAGACUGAGCAUGACGCGAACACGAUUCGCGUACCUACACCACGACCUAUGCGCGACAAGCUCGCCGUCGGCGUCGAUCACGGUCGGGAUCCCAGCCCCAACACGUAUGAUAUGGCGGUCAGAAUGGAUGAGAUACGCGCGAGGAUGAGUCGGAUGACCGUAGACAUCAAGGCAAGGAAGCUGGAAAAAGAGAAGAACGCCUCGACACAAGAUGGACCAACGAAAGCUAGAGAUGAUCCGCUCGCCCAGUAA